GUUGCCCGCCUUUGCCACAGAGCAAAAUGAGACAGAAAAAUGGCGGACGUCAGGAAAAUCUGUCCUGAGUCUUUGCCCUGUCGUCUAAGCUAUUCGCGAAAAACGUCAUUCCAGGGGAAGCUUUUUAUACUUCUUUGCAUACUUAAAGUGGACACCGGAGGAGCUACGACCCACUGGGUUGUCACAGAGGAUGGAAAAAUACAACAACAGGUUGACUCACCUUUGAAUCUGAAGCAUCCACUAGACGUUGUGAUCUUCAUGAGGCAAGAGACUCGUGUUAACUACCUUAAGAAGCUGGAAAAACAGCUUGUGGCGCAAAAAAUUCACAUUGAAGAGAAUGAGGAUAGAGACACAGGGCUGGAACAGAGACACUACAAAGAGGAUGCAGACUGUGUCAUGGCUAAGGUUCCCCUGGGAGACCUGGACCUUUAUGAUGGCACUUAUAUUUCCCUAGAAAGCAAAGACAUCAGCCCUGAAGAUUUUGUGGAUUCUCGGUCAGCUCUGCCCCCAGAUCUAGAAAAGCCUGACUGUGCGGUGUUUGAACUACCAUAUAGUAUCCAUGCUUUCCAGCAUCUCAGGGGUGUGCAGGAGAGGGCAAACUUGACCUCCCCACUGCUUUCUAAGGAGGAUCCCAUUUUUAGUUCAUUGUCUCAUAAACUGGGCCGCAGUGUGGAUGAUGUGGGCCAUCGCAUCCAUCACGGCUUACUGAGGAACUCCUCGUCCUGGGUGCUUUACAACAUGGCGUCUUUUUACUGGCGUAUGAAGAAUGAGCCCCAGAGAGCAGUGGACUGUGUGGUUCGUGCUCUGCAUUUCUCUCCAAGGGAGCACAAGGAUGUAGCUCUAAUCAACAUGGCCAACAUCCUGCACCGUGCCCAUUUCUCAGCUGACGCUGCUAUUCUUGCUCACGCUGCCCUGGACCUUACCUCAGAUCUCUUCACCAGCCACUACACCUUAGGCAACAUUUAUGCUAUGCUUGGGGAAUACAACCACUCAGUGCUGUGUUACGAGCAGGCUCUGCAGGCCCAGCCAGGCUUCGAGCAGGCCCUGAGGAGGAAACAUGCCGUGCUCUGUCAGCAAAAGCUGGAGCAGCGCCUGGAAGCCCAGCACAGAUCCCUGCAGCGGACACUGAAUGAACUGAAGGAGUACCAGAAGCAGCAUGAUCACUACCUCCGCCAGCAGGAGGCACUGGACAAACACAAGCUGCUGCAGGAAGAGCAGAUCCUGCGCAACAUUAUCCAUGAGACCCAGAUGGCCAAAGAAGCCCAACUUGGGAACCAUCAGAUGUGUCGUCUGGGUUAUAAGCAUCUCAGCCUCUACUGCCCCUUUGACCUGCCUGUGCGCUAUCACCGUGGCGAUCUGUUUGAGCAUGUCAGCUUUGUUCAAUUUGGGGAGGAGGUCUCAGUGGCCUCCAGCAUGGCGCUUGUGUCAGAGCGCAAUUCCAACCAGACGGUAGCCAGCCCCCAGCUCCACCCCUCCGUGUCCGGAGACCAGGACCCUGCCGCUGCUCUCUGGGGCAGCCGUCUGGAUUACACACAGGACAUACAGAGGAUGCUGUGGCCUCAGAGGAGCGACUGUGCUCACGAGUACCCGAGUGUUCCCCCCGCUCACCUGCUGCCAACCUUCUACCUUCCCCCUGAAACACAGGGCCUCAGCCCAGUGGCAACUCUCCUCUAUGGGAGCAGUCCUCCUCUGACGGUAGCUCUGCCAAACUGUGGUCCCGUUCCCCAACCAUACCCAGCCCUCCUGCCUGCUUCAAUAGACUGGCCUCUGGAAGAAAAGAAGCUCCCAGAUCCCUCUGCCUCCCAGCAUCGGCUUUAUUUAGGCCAAUACUGGUCCAUAAUAUGUGCCAGGCUCGGCUGCGGACAACUCUGCCCUUUUAUUCGAACUGGAGCCACUGUCCCCUGCUGGCAGACCCACAGUGAGGCGGCUCUAUUCUGGCGCGCCAAAGGCAACGGCAGCCUUGCCCUGCAGUGCUUGCGCCAAGUGUUGAGCUCUGCCCCGCCCCCCCACCGCCACGUCCCCCUCACCAACGCCGCUAACCUGCUGCUACAUCACGGCUUGACCACCCACUCGCAAACCCUGCUGGAGCAAGCCAUGGCUAUCAAUGCAUCGGAGCCCCACACCCUCAUCAGCUUGGUGAGUGUUCAGUUGGCUCAGGGCAAUGUGACCGGCGCUCUGGCCUUGUUCCGCCACAUCCUGGUGACGGCCUUUUCCUCCUCCUCCUCUUCCUCCUCCUUCGCUGGCUGUGAGCAGUGUCGCGCCAGCCUUCCUCUGCUGCGCUGUCUGCAGUUCUACCCCUUCCUCUACAACCUCUCACAUCGACAGCCCUGCUCACAGGGCGCCGCCUGCUUGGCUGAAAAGGAGCUCGGCAUUCAGCUGGAGGAGUGGGAGGGCAGCGAGGAGAAGCAGGAUGCCCCCCCCCUCUCUGCCAUGGAGGACUCCUUGCUCUUUGAGAAGGUGAUCCUGGACAGUAACGGCUCGGGUGAAGCAGCCGGUCAGCAGAGGGAUGCUCCCUCCGCCUCUGCAAACGCUAACAUGGCCACUCCAUUUGGUGGUGGAGCGGUGGAGGGGGAGGAGGAGUGGCAGCUGAAAGAGGACCUGAUGGGGGCUUUUGAGGGAGCGCUUGAUGUCGGGGGCAAACGGGGGGACCUGCGAGGGAUCCGGGUGCUAAAGAACGACCGUGUCAUGGGAUCCCGUGCCGGUGGUGGGCCCUGCUUCGGGAACUGUGAGGAUGACGAGGGAGCUGAGUGGAUCACCUUCCAGGUAAAGCGGGUGAGGAAGGCUAAGGUGGAUGGGACAGAUGGAGUCUCCAGCUCUGAUGAAGGCCAGCACGGGGAGUCCCUGCCUGGAGGACACUCUGUCUUGGAGAUAAGCGGGCCAACUAUCCCAUCGCCUGGCCCUUCAGGCCGCUGGAGGGACUACACAAGUCUUGGCUGGCCGGGCCCCGAGGAGUGCCAGCGGACACGCAGGGUGGACCUCACCACUGUAGCUAGCACCUGGCUAGCUGUUUCUGCCAAGAACAUCGACAUCACAGAGCAUAUAGACUUUGCCACUCCGCUCCAGGAGCCAGCUGCUGAACCUUUAUGCAACGCCAACCUCGCUGCCAGCAUGCACACCCUGGACCACCUGGCGGGGGUGGCCAACCGCGCCGCCAUCCACUACACCGGAGAGAGCCAGCUGCGGGAGGUCCUGCAGAACCUCGGCAAAGAUAAGUUCCCCCCUCAGUCCUUUGAGCAGGUGGGGACACGCAUCGCUAAAGUCCUGGAGAAGAACCAGACAUCAUGGGUGUUAUCCAGCAUGGCUGCGCUGUACUGGAGGGUCAAAGGUCAAGGCAAGAGAGCCAUCGACUGCCUGCGGCAGGCCCUCCACUACGCCCCCCACCACAUGAAGGACGUGCCCCUCAUCAGCCUGGCCAACAUCUUCCAGAAUGCACGGCUAUGGGACGACGCUCUGACAGUCGCCCGCAUGGCCGUAGAGAUCGCCCCACACUUUGUCGUGAACCACUUUACCCUCGCCAACGUCUACAUAGCAAUGGAGGAGUUUGAGAAAGCGAUGCGCUGGUAUGAGUCCACUCUGAAGCUGCAGCCAGAGUUCGCCCCUGCCAAAGAUCGACUGAGAACCAUUCAGUGUUACCUGCUCACCAAGAGGGAGCGCCGACAGCCAUAGACCGCUUCAUCACAGGACCCCCUGCUGUCAUGAAAAUAACACUCACACACACUCAUCGGAAAACCACAGAUAAGCUGCACACAAGUGUAAGAAACCGUCAUGUGGUUAAAGAUGAGGAGUCAAUAUUCAUAUCCAGUGGAAUCUGGGUUCUAACCCCCCAAAGAAUUAGGUUUCGAGACGUCACUGAGUACAACUGUAGAUAACUUUGCCCCACUACUUCUGAAUGCAGGACCUCUUGUUAUCUAACAAUCAAGAAGUCAUGAUUGUCUGCUUUACUUGCAAAAAUGAAAGGGAAAUAAAAUCAAAUACGGUUUGCAAAUUACAUUAAAUUCUUAAAUAUUCUGGUUUCAUCCUCUGCUAAUUGGCUGGAAAGUUUACAUGCUUAAAGAUAUUCAAGCAUGUUGGUAUUGGGUGCCUGAAAUGGCGCCAUGUUUUAAUGUACCUUAAUUGGACAUUUCAAAUGAGAAGAUGUUUUUCAUUCUUCGCUGAGAUGGUUAGGAAUGUGCCUCUAGACUCCGAGGUUAAAGGGGUUUGCGUUGGAAGAUAUGCCCUCAAUUUUUCUGUUUCAUAAAAUGGAUGGGAAUUCUCAGUUUUUCUUUUGCACUUUUAUUUCAUUAUCAUUCCUAUUUAUAUGGGACCUACAAACUUUGAUUUGUUCCAAGGUCAUUUAAAAACAAAAGAGAGGAACUGCAACAUGCUAUGCUUUGCUUCCUGACUUCUGGCACUCAUAAGGCAGAACAAAGGAUUUGCUAUAGACCAUCUACAAUAAAAAAAAAACUAAAGUGGAAUCUGUAUUUAAUGUACAGUAUUAAAGGCAGUGUGUGGAUUUCAUUACUUCA